AUGGGAAAGCUUAGUUUCAAUAAAGGUGCUGCUGCAUUCUUCAGAGUCCUCACCAUGGACGGAAUUAUCGAUCACGUUAAGCGGAAGCGGCAUUACGAAAAGCCGUGCCAGAAGAGGCGGCGGGAGGCCUACGAGGCGUGCCGGAGGAUCUAUAACUCUGAAAUGGGCAGAAAGAUCAACUUUCUCAUGAGGAAGAAUCGCCCAGACCCUUGGCUUGGUUGCUAAGCCAAAGACUGUCGAGGAUGGAGGCCACGUCCUGAAGAAAGUGGCGCGGUCGGCGGCGGGGCUCCUCCUCGCGUUGCUUUUCGAAAGGUUGUCAAGUCAAUAAAGUCAAUGUGGUGUCA